CAAUCCGAUGCUCGUUUGGAGAGACUUCACGCAUGUCCUCCGAAGACCCUGAGUCGGAAUGUCACGCAAGCAUUUUCGGUUUGCAACAAUAAUACAAUGAUGCGCUUAUGCUGCCUUUCUGAAUCGCUUUAAUCAACCAGAAACACGUAAGCGGCAAGAAGCAACCGAGGCAAGUUGUCUACAGUUCAACAUUAUCCUCGGCCCAAAGUCCAUAAAGCUGGAUACAUAAACGGAUAACACCUUGAGGGGAGCGCAGGGCUUUUAAGCUCGCGGCGCAAAAGCAGCCAUGGCGCCCACGGAUGGAGGCACGGAGGCGAGCAAGCGGAUGCACGAGUACCUCGUCUCCAAGCAGCGCAAGCAGGAGGAGUACUGGCUGCGCAAGUAUGGCAAGGUGGUGCAGGCGGCGCCGCCCAGCGUGGGCAAGCCCAGUGGCAACCCCCGCCUGCCCGCCAUAGGCACCAUCAACAGCGGCAUCAACAGCGGCGCGCCCUCCAACCGCACCAGCAACAACGGCCUGCCCUCAGCCGAGCCUAGCGGCGCCCUGCUACCGCCCAUCGCCGGCGUGCAGCAGGCGCACGGCGGUGCCGCGCCCGCCGGCAUGCUGCCGCCCCACCACAUCCGGCAGCAGCAGCCUCGUGGACAGGCGCCCAUCUUCCAGGCCAAGGAGCCGGUGCGGGACUUCUUCCAGCGCAACGCACCGCGUGCCGGGCGGGGCGGUGGUGGUGGCCCCGCGGCCCGGGACGAGUACGGCAACAUCAUCCCGCCCAGCCGGCGGCCGCCCGAGCCGCUGCGUCGGGCGCAGAACCAGCAGCCGCUGCCGCGGCAGCUGCCGCCGCUGGCGGCCGGCGGCGAGCACAGCUACGGCUCUCCGCCGCCUGCCCAUCAGAUGCAGAUGCAGAUGCAGCAGGCUGGAGAACAUGAGGAGCAGCAGCAGCUGGCGGGCGAGGGCAGUUGGUCGCUGGCGGCGCAGCAGCAGCAGCAGCAGCAGGGAUACGCCUCGUCCCCGGAUGUGGGCGGCAGCUAUGGCUCGCCCGAGCAGCAGCAGCAACAGUACGCGCAGCAGCAGUACGGCUCGCCGCAAAGCGGCUACGGCGGCUCACCGGGGGCCGCGGGCGGGCGGCUGGCGCCGCUGCAGUACGAGGCCUCGGCUCCGGCGCUGGGCGGCGCGGCGCGCACCUCGUACAGCGGCUCGCCGGGGGCGGGGGGCGGUGUGUCGCCGUACCACCAGAAGCCGCUGCGCAACCUGGAGAUGGAGCUGUCCGUCAUCAAGGCCAUCAAGGCGCGCGAGGACGUGCUGGAGCGGCUGCGCAUCGCCGGCGGCAAGCUGGACGCCGGCUUCGGCGGCGCGGCGCCGGUGGUCCUGAGCCCAGUGGACCCGCUGGUGCGCCUGUUCUAUCGGCUGGUGGGCACACUGCGGCAGCGCACCCUGGACGCCGUGGAGGCCAUCGCGGCGUGGCGGCGCAAGGUGAGCCCCGGCGAGCCUUUCGUCUACUACGGCGUGGACUACCUGGCGGCCAUCGGGCCCGACUGCGGCUUCCUGGAUGGCCUGCCCUUCCUGCGCUCGCGCCUCAGCUUCGGCAAGGCCGCCGACGACCCCUUCCUGGUGGAGCUCACGCCCGACGGCAUCCCCAUUGAGGAGGCCACCACCUGCGACCUGCGGAGAGGCGGCCAGCGCUUCUCGUCGGACGCGCUGCGCAUCCGCAUGGCCCGCAAGAUCCUGGCGCAGUACUGCGGCCGCCCGCUGCCACACGAGAUAAGCUCGUACAUGAUGUCGGAGGCAGCCGCCGGCAGCGCCGCCGCCAGCCCCUCUGGCGCCAAGGCCGCCGAGGCCGCGGUGGCUGCAGUGGCCGAGGAGGAGGAGGAGGAGGAGGAGGAGGAAGAGGAACAGGAGGAGGAGCAGGAGCACGCAGCGAGCCCCAGCGCCGGCGCCGCGGUGCAGACCGAGCCAAUGAACGAGGGAGAGGAGGACGAGGAGGAGACCGAGAGCGAGGUGGCUUCACCGGUAGCAGCGGCGGCCACGAGCAUGCCGCGCGCCGCAUCGCCGCCCGCGGUGCCCUCGCCAAGGGCUGCGGAGCCGCCCGCUAUGCGCGCAAUCACGCCGCCUGCGGCCGUGGCUGUUGCCGUGGCCGCAGACGCCAAGCCCUCUUCUGCUGACGAUUUGGAGCCGCUGCCUGAGCCUGAGCCUGAGCCCGAGCAUGAGCCGGAGGCACUGCCUGAGCCUGAGGCGCAGCCGGAGCCGGAGCGGGAGCGCUCGGAGGUGGAGCAGCAGCUGCCUGUAUUCGAGGAUGACGGCGACUUCAUUGAUUUCGCAAUCGGCGCCAUCAUCCACUCGCUGGAGCAGCCCUACGCUGACUCUAUCGAGCCGGGCACGUUCACGGUGGCGGGCUGGGAGAUCGACCGGCAGCUGGAAGAGGUGGUCUCCGGCAUCGCCGCGUCCUCCUCUGCCUCGGCGGCGUCGGCGGCCGGCAGCAAGCCGCCGUCGCGUGCUGGCGCGUACCCCGUGCUGGGCGGCGCUGCUGGCGCCGCCGCCAAGGCGCCGUCACGCGGCGGCGCGCCGGCGCCAGGCGCGGCGGCAAAGCCGCCUUCGCGAGGUGGUCCUGCUGGCGGCAGCAUUCUGGACCGCAUCUCACCCGUCAAGCCGCCCUCGCGCGGCGCCGCCGGGCCGCCGUCCACCUCCGCGGUGCGGCCAGGCAGCGGGGCAGUGGCCAUGGGCCUCAGUAUGGACGGGGAGGGGCCGGCAGAGGCUGACUUUGAGGCCGGUGACGGCAGCGGCGAUGCCCGCUCCCCGGUCCGCGUGCACCUGCGACCCGGCAGCCGGGGCCUCGCUAUGAACAUCAGCAUGGAUGGCGAGGGUGGGGGUGAGGGCGAGGGUGGCGGCCUUUUGCUCAGUGACUACAUGGCGGCGCGGGAGGCGGAGGCCGUGGCGGCGGCGGCAGCGGGCGCAACCGGCUCAGCGGUGCAGUAUGGCCUGCCGGCCAUCUCGGAAGACCAGAGCGCCUACUUCGCUGGAGAGGAGGAGGCGACGCCCGGCGGCUCCCGGCCGCCGGUGCGUGUGCACCUCCAGCCGCACAGCCGCGGUCUGGACGUGGGGAUAAGUAUGGACGGGGAGGGGCCAGUGGUGUCAGACUUCGGCCCCCUGCCGCCUUUGCAAGGUGACGGCGAGGAGGACGACGAGGAGUCGGAGGAUGCGGUCAGCACAGCGCCCGCCAUGUCGCCGGUACGCGUCCACCUACGACCAGGCAGCCGCGGCGUUGGGGUGGACCUCAGCAUGGAUGGAGAGGCGAAGCGGCCGCCGGUUGCCGCGCCGCAGCCGGUGCCGCCGGCGCUCACUGCGCCGGACGGCGCCGGCCGCUCGCCUGUACGUGUGCACCUGCGGCCGGGCAGUCGCGGCGUGGGCAUGGACGUCAGCAUGGACGGCGAGGCGUUUCCGGUGCCGGCGCCGCCCGCAGCAGGGCCCGCUGAUGCGCCUGGCCGCCCGCCUGUCCGAGUGCAUGUGCGGCCGGGCAGUCGCGGCCUGGCCAUGAACCUCAGUAUGGACGGGGACGGCCCGGCGGAGGCGGACGUGGGAGCAGCGGCAGCUGGGGCCUCGGGCCUGCCCGCAAUCUCGGAAGACCAGAGCGCCUACUUUGGUGGGGCCGAGGAGGAGGCGACGCCCGGCGGCUCCCGGCCGCCGGUGCGUGUGCACCUCCAGCCGCACAGCCGCGGGUUGGACAUGGGGAUAAGCAUGGACGGUGAGGCCUUCCCUCUGCCGCCGGCGCAGCAGACACAGGAGCAGGAGGAGUCCGCCGUACCCGAGCAGGCACAGCCCGCGCAGGCCGAGGAGACGGCCGAAGCGGCAGCCGAUAGGGGGGCGGCUGAAGAGGAGCACGAGGAGCAGGAUCAGCAGCAGGAGGAGGAGGAGGAGGCCUCAGCCAAAUCGCCAGUGCGCGUGCACCUGCGGCCGGGCAGCCGCGGGUUAGCGAUGAACCUGAGCAUGGACGGAGAGGGGCCGGCGGAGGCGGACGCAGGGGCGCCGGGGGCGCCGGGGCUGCCAGCUAUCACGGAGGAUCAGAGCGCCUACUUUGGUGCUGAGGACGAGGAGGUUGCGGCAAAGUCGCCGGUCCGUGUUCACUUGCGGCCCCACAGCCGCGGGCUCGACAUGGGUCUCAGUAUGGACGGGGAGGGGCCGGCUGCUGAGGACUUGGCUGCGUAAAACAGCUUUGGAAGCGAAGCUUGUUGCGCCAUUCGAGUCGGGUGUUUGUGAGACGUCAUGGCAGGAUUGAGAAAUGGUAUUCUUACAGAGUUGAUGCAUUGCAUGCGGAGCCACAACACUUGCCGGCUUCCCGGGUCCAGCAGUGGCAUAUUUAUACGAACGAGGCAGCAGCAACCUUGCGUGGUUGUUUACGAUAUGAACCAGCUUUGCGUAACCACCUCGCCUGAGUCAGCACAUACAAUCGGUGGUGUGUACAUGCGUGUGUUGUGAUUGCUGCCGCUAGACAUCCAAGGCCAUAAUUCAUUGACCACAUGUGACUCUGCGCGUCAACACGAUCACAUUCCGCUGAUUGGAUCAGUAGAGGGGAAUAGAGCUGUCGACGCGGGAGUAGUUGUCGAUCCCGCCCACGACGUUCUUCACAUUUGUGAAUCCCUCGGAGACCAGGAACUGCACCAAUAAGGCACGGGCACAUAAAAAAAGUGGUACGGGGGAGGUACUCAGUUCAGGCGGCAAUGUGUGUGUGAGGAGAGGGCCUUACCC